AUGGAGGAUUCAACACCAUUUGAAAAUUCAUCGAAUCCGGACUUAAAUAUUGAUACUGUUUUAUCAAAUCGAUUAGAAGAGUUAAAACAGAAGUUUUCUGAACGUUUUACAAUAUCAAUUUAUGCACUCAAAGCUGUCCAUAAUAAUGUACCAGAUGAAUUGAAAGAGCGAUUGAUGCAAAUAAGAGAGAAAGGAAAUGGGCAAUGUAUGAUAUUGAUUCCUUACAACGUGGAAGGUGUUCAUUGGACUGGAAUCUUACUGAAAUUCAAAACAGAGAAACAAAUUGAAUUGAUUCAAUUUUUGGAUCCAGUUGAAAAUUCUAAAUUUCAUCCUGAAAAAAUUCUAAAUCAGCUAGCUACAAUUUAUCCAAAUACUGCUUGUUUACGAUGGAGACCUAUUAAAAAACAUAGUGAUCCAAGACAAAGUAAAAAUUUAACUAUAGAAAAUUUAUUAAAAGCGGCUGAAGAAGUUCAAUUCACAAAUGUACAAAAUAAAACAGGUAUGAGUCAUUCAUAUGAUCGAACAUUCGACGAUUCUAAUGCAAGUAGUUCUUUAAACGAGGAAGAUGGAAGUAAUUCAACAUUGACUACGUCAGUAACGAUAGAAAAUCUAAAAAACUUGUAUAAUGAUUUUCAUUCGAUGCCACAUUGUUCAGAAAGAUCCAUUAUCAAUUUAUUGUAUUUAUUUUCCCUUAAAUUGAUCGGUCGCGUAAUAGUGUCUGAUAAUAGUAUAUUAAUACCUGAUCAGAUAGAAACAGAGAUAGCAGAACAGCUUACAUAUUUAAAGGAACGAUUGAAAAUAGAAGAAUUACAGUCUAUAGAAAUGCGAGAUUUAGUAAAAACAUGUUUAAUCAAUGUCAAAGAUGAAAAUUGGCAAGUUGCUCUGAUAACAAUGAGAAAAUUGUUCAAUCAGAUUAGUCCAUUGAAUAUGCAAGAAUUAUUUAGACUUAUUGAAAAAUUUGAUGAUGCAUCACAUUUAAUAAAAGAGAAAGAUAUUAUUCUUUUUUUGGGAGAAACUGGAUCAGGUAAAUCAACAACAAUUCAUUUUCUUGCGGGUUCUCAAAUGAAACAUGAAAAAGUGAACGGAUUGGAUCAUAUUAUUCCUAUCAAUGUAAGAAAUCCUUAUCUAAAAAAAAUAACAACUUCAUCGUUUACUCAAUCUGAAACUCGAUAUAUUACUCCAGUUCCAGUGAAUGUUGGUGGGCAUACUGAUGGUGAUAUCAUUCUAUGUGAUACGCCAGGAUUCGAGAAUAAUUAUGGAGCCGAAGUCGAUAUAGCAAAUGGAAUAUGUAUUAUUAGAGUCGUUAAAGAAUGUAAAAGUGUAAAACCAGUUGUGAUAAUUAGUAAUAAGAGUAUUGGCGACAGAUGUCAUAGUAUGAAGAAACUUGUUCAGGUUAUCGUAGGACUUAUUCCAGGAAUUCAAGACAAUAUUAAAACUAUCUCCUAUAUAUUUACAAAAUUUCCAGAUAGUCAAAAAAAAGCAAUUCAUACAUAUUUAAAUGAUAUUAAGGAGAAAUUGAAUGAAGAAAUGUCAAAUAUAGGUUUCAUGAUUUUCUUGAAAGAUAUGUUGCAGAAAGCAAGAAAAUCAAUACGAGUCUUAGAUCCAAUCAAUGAUCAACCCGAAGAGGUUCUCAAUGAGCUCGUAGAAUCUCCUACUAUUUCUUAUCCUAAUGAAGUUUUUCAAUAUUUUAUAACAGAAAAAUCAAAAGCUAUUGUACAGGAACAAAUAAGAAAAAUUCUCUUAAGUGUGAUGUCAGCAACUAAACGCUAUGAGUGUCCAUUUGUACAAUAUAAACUUGAUCAAUUGAAGCGUUUAAAUAAUUUACUUGAAUUUGAUUAUAUUGAACAAAUUUACAAUGAUUGUAUUCGAUAUAUAAGUCAACAUAUCUCGGAAGAAUAUCAAAACGGCACUUCAAAAUUCAAUUAUUGUUUAAUCAAUCAAACAAUUUUAAGAAUUGAUGAUAUUGAACAAUAUCGAACUUAUGUUGAUCAUGCUAAACUUACAGAUAUAUUAAGAAGUAACUAUUUAGGAAAAGAAGUUAUUCAUAGUAGUGCUUUUAUUCAAUAUCUUAAUCAACAAAUAGAUAUCAUAGUUAAAUCUUUACAUGAAAAAGAUAUUGAUGAUUUAUCAACAAAAAAUAGUUUAGAUAAAAUAAAACUUGUUGCUAUAUAUUUUCCAGAUAUUGAUAGUAAAUAUAAAAAUGCUUGUCAAAUAUUCUCUAAUAAACACGAAUUCAUAGUUAAAUCUUUCAAUAAGUCAAUGCUUCAGAAAAAUAUCGCUGAUAUUAUCAGAUAUAUAAUCAAACUAAAUGAUGCAUGUACUAUUUUAGAAAAUCAUCUAGAUAGAGAAUAUAUGACAAGAAAAUAUGAAGAAAUAAAAAUAUAUUUUCUUCAGUAUUUACAUGAAUUAGUUGAAAAAUUAAGUCAUAGACUAUCUCAAGAAAACUAUGAAAAUGAAAUUAUUGAAAGUUUAGAAGAAUGUACACGUAUAUUUGACACAACUAUUAAUAUAGCUACUUUACAAUCAAACAUAUUAACAAAAGAUAUUAAUCAAAUUUAUGAAGAUUUUUUAUUAAAACUUAUGAAUCAUUAUGAACAGAUUGAUAAACAAAUCAUAGAAGAACUUAAGAAUAAAUGUUCAUUUCGUGAAUUAGAACAAUUAUUCAAAAAGAUGAUUUUACUUCGAACUAUACCAUAUAUUCAAUUGCGAACUCAUCAUAGUUAUUAUAGUACAUUAGAACAAAUAUGCAAUUGUAUAAAAGAAUCAAGAAAAGAAAUCGAAGAGAUAUUAAAUGGAUUUUAUCAUAAUAAAAAAACAAAUUAUAAUCAUAUCAUGAAAUGUUUGUCGAAUUUUAAAAAUGCACGAUGGAUAGAAAAAUAUGAAUUUAGAAUGUAUUAUGAUUUAAUCGAUGAUUAUAAAAUAGAAAUUAUUCGUUAUAUAAAAGAAUUGGAAAAAUCUAUUAUGCAAACAAAUUUAGAUCUUGAUAAUUGGCAUAAAAUUGAGUUUUUAGAUAAUAUAAUAUCAGAAAUCAAUGAGAUGAGAGUUAUAGAAGAAAUUGUUCCGAAUAUAGUUCAACAUAUAGAAAAUAUUAAUUCUCAAUAUAAAAAUGAAAUAGAAAAUGUAUUAACUAUUAUCAACAACACAUUCAAUUCAGAAGAAAAAAUUUCAAUCUUAGAUUUUAGUAUAGCUGAAAAAGUCUUUCAUUAUUUGAAUGUUUGUAGACGAAUAAAUGUCUCGUUCGAAAAUGAUUAUACACUUGUUAUCAAUAAAUUAAAAAAAUUCAUAAACGAGUUUAGUAAUGUUGUUCAAUAUGAAAUGAAACAAUAUUUCAUAGAUAUUAAACAAUACGAAAAUGAAAAUAGAAAAGAUAUAUUUUAUAAAGUUUUAAAAUUAUUAAGUCGUUUCAAAGAAAUUUCUGAAAUAAAAAAUAAAUAUCCACAAGUUUUUUCUUGUUUUCAAAAUCAAAAAAUUAUUGAAAAUUGGGAAUGUGAAUUAGAAUAUUGUCUAAUUGAUAAAUCAAAUGAAAUGACAUUUUUAAAUACUCUAGAAAAUACUGAAAUUAUCUUUAAACUAUUGAUUAUAAAAGCAUUAAGUAACUUAGAUCGAUUUUUAUAUGGUAAAAAGUUUAACGAUAUUUAUUAUGAAUAUUAUCAUAAAUUCCUCAAUAGAUUUAAUGAUCGUAUUAGACAAGUUAUAGAAGAUAUUAACACGUUCAAAUAUGAAAAUGUCGUUUAUGAUAUGAAAAUCUUCCAAACAUCAAAUGAAGUAGGAAACUAUUUGUUUGCACAAGUUAAACAAAUACUUAAUAUCAAUCUAUUUGUUUUAAUGGAAGAAACAAAAAUAGAAGCGAUUAUGAUUGGAAAUACGAGCGAAAUUCAAGAAAUUCACUCAAUAGUAAAAAAUUUGAGACGAAUGCAAAAUGCAAAAAUAUUUCUAUCAGAAUAUAUUGAUAAAACAGAAGAAAUAGAUCAUUGUAUAAAUGACGUUAAAAAAUUAAUUGAAGAACGUAUAAAACUCAUUUUAGUAGAUGUUAAUGUUUUUAUUAAAACCAACAAUUUCUAUGAAAUAGAACAAAAAAUAAAUUUCAUUACAAUAGUCAGUGAUUUAUUAGGUCCAUUUUGUACAAACUAUAUUUUUGAACAGAUUGAAGAACUAAAUAAAAAUUUGGAUAAAAUCAUAUCUAAUAUUGUUGAAAGAUAUAGAGAAAUGGAUAUUAGUGCAUAUAUUUUGAAUCCACCAACAGACAUAUGCGAUAAACUGGAAAAAAUUAGGGAUAGAAAUCUAAAAUAUACUCAAGUUUUUAAUGUAAUAAAAGAACUUAUUUUGAAUAAGUUUAGAAAAGAAUUAGAUGAAGCUAAAAAGAAACAACCACCUAAUCCUAUUAAUAUUCAUAUAAGAAAAUUUGAAUCGAGAAUUAAAUACUUACCAAAAGAUAUGCAAGAAUGUCUUGAAAUCGAAGUAAAAUAUUGUAAAGAUGAUAUUCAGAAAAAUAUGGAAUAUAACAUUAAAAAUUUAAAGGAUACAUGUGAUAGUAGAGAUCUUAAACAUAUUAAAAAAAUGAUUCAAGAUUAUCAACAGACAGAAGGUAUGCAAUAUUAUGUAAAUCAAGGUCGAGUAUAUGUUCUUCAACAGACACGAGAUAUUGCAUUGAAAAUAAAUGAUUCUUUACAAGAUUAUAAAAUAAAUGAAGCAUUAGAUCAUAUUGAAAUACUCUAUGAUUAUAAUGUUGAACUAGAAAAUCUUUUCAAUAUUGAACAAUCAUGUUCAUACGUACGAUUAAAAGUGACAGAAAUCUUUCAAGAAAUAUAUCUUUGUUGUAUGAAAUAUUUUCUUAAUAAUAAUGGAAAUAUAUUAAUUGAUGAGAUGACAGAAGUAAUAGAAAGAAAUGUUUUUUAUUUAAUAGAAUUUAUGAAAUUUCGAGAUAAAUUUCAAAAUCAAACGAUUUUAAAACAUAUGUUUUCAGAUGAUUUCAAUGAAAAACUUGUACUUUUAAAUAAAACUAUGAUAGAUUUUUUCAAUUCUUUUAUAUAA